AUGGCUUUUACUCUUUCUCACUCCACCAUUGCUCUUCUGUUCUUUGUCCUCAAUAUAUGUCUUCAAGGUACUUUUGGUGACUAUGGAGGUGGAUGGGAAGGUGGCCAUGCCACAUUUUAUGGUGGUGGUGAUGCCUCUGGCACAAUGGGAGGUGCUUGCGGAUAUGGAAACUUGUAUAGUCAAGGGUACGGAACCAACACUGCAGCACUGAGCACAGCUCUCUUCAACGAUGGCUUGAGCUGCGGGUCUUGUUAUGAGAUGAAAUGUGAUAGUGACCCCAAAUGGUGCCUCCCCGGCAGCAUCAUCGUCACCGCCACCAACUUCUGCCCUCCUAAUUUUGCUCAGUCCAACGACAAUGGUGGCUGGUGCAACCCUCCUCUCCAGCACUUCGAUUUGGCUGAGCCUGCUUUCGAGAAAAUCGCUCAGUACCGAGCUGGAAUUGUCCCCGUCUCCUUCAGAAGGGUUUCAUGUGUGAAGAAGGGAGGAGUAAGAUUCACAAUCAACGGCCACUCAUACUUCAACUUGGUUUUGAUCACAAACGUGGGAGGAGCAGGAGAUGUGCACUCAGUGUCGAUCAAGGGCUCCAACACAGGGUGGCAAGCCAUGUCGAGGAACUGGGGCCAGAACUGGCAGAGCAACUCUUACCUCAACGGCCAGAGCCUCUCCUUCCAAGUCACUACCAGCGACGGCAGAACUCUCACCGCCAACAAUGUUGCGCCGGGGAACUGGCAGUUUGGCCAGACAUAUGAGGGCAGUCAAUUCUAAGACUCCUCCGGCAGUAAAACGGUCAAAGUCUGGUGAACGGUGAAGGGUACAACCUUGUAUGCGGAUGGGAAGAGGAGAGUGGAGGUUUUUUUUUUUUUUUAGGAGGCAACUGAUUGCUGAGGUGGCUAA